GAGGGAGAGGGAGAGAGAAAGCUGCGUGGAGAGAAGACGCUCUCAGAUCAGUCAGUGGCUUCAUGGAGUUAUGUACCUCUGAUCCGCCGCCAUGGAUUGCACUUCGCGAUCACUCCUUUUCUUUGUAUCUCUUUUGUUGUCCUGCGUUAUCCCCGCGUUUCCCGUCAUCUACCCCCCGAACGAAGUUAACCUGUUAGAUUCCAAAGCAAGCCAGGGGGAGUUAAGAUGGAUUUCCUACCCAUCGCAUGGGUGGGAAGAGAUCAGUGGGGUGGAUGAGCACUACACUCCGAUCAGGACCUUCCAGGUGUGCAACGUGAUGGAGUACAGCCAGAACAACUGGCUUCGCACCAACUGGAUCCCUCGCAUGUCAGCCCAGAAGAUCUAUGUGGAGCUGAAGUUCACCCUGAGGGACUGCAACUCCAUCCCACUGGUCCUGGGCACCUGCAAGGAGACCUUCAACCUCCUCUACCUGGAGACGGAUGACGACCAGGGCACCCACUUCCGAGAGCACCAGUUCUCUAAGAUUGACACUAUAGCUGCUGAUGAGAGCUUCACCCAAAUGGACCUGGGCGAUCGCAUCCUCAAGCUCAACACUGAGGUGCGUGAAGUGGGUCCUAUGACCAAGAAGGGCUUCUAUCUGGCGUUCCAGGAUGUGGGCGCCUGUGUAGCGUUAGUUUCCGUGAGGGUUUACUUUAAGAAGUGCCCGCACACUGUGAAGAACUUGGCCGUCUUCCCCGAUACGGUGCCCAUGGACUCGCAGUCGUUGGUUGAAGUCAAAGGCUCGUGUGUCAAUCACUCCAAAGAGGAGGAGCCGCCGCGAAUGUACUGCAGCACAGAGGGGGAGUGGCUCGUACCUAUUGGGAAGUGUCUGUGUAACCCGGGUUACGAGGAGCGAAGCAGCGCCUGCCAAAUGUGCAGGCCAGGCUUUUACAAAUCCGCACUUGGGAACGCGGAGUGCGCGAAGUGUCCGCCUCAUAGUUUCUCGCACCACGAAGGCUCGCUGUUCUGCGGCUGCGAGAAGAACUACUUCCGCGCCGAGGGAGACCCCGCCUCCAUGGCCUGUACCCGUCCUCCUUCAACUCCUCGAAAUGUGAUCUCCUCCAUCAAUGAGACUUCAGUCAUUCUGGACUGGAGCUGGCCAGAGGACACUGGGGGGCGCAGGGACGUCACCUUUACCGUUCUCUGCAAGCGCUGCCGUGCGGUCGCCGGUGCCAGUGGCGGCAACGGCAACGGCGCGGCCCAGCGCUGUGAACCGUGUCGCAGCAAUGUCCGCUUUCUGCCGCGGGCCGCUGGCCUCCACAACACCACGGUGACUGUGGGCGACCUGCUGGCUCACACAAACUACACGUUUGAGAUCGAAGCGCAGAACGGUGUGUCGUCGCUGGCACCCAAAAUGAGGCAGUACGCCGCCGUCACCAUCACCACCAACCAAGCAGCUCCUUCUCCGGUAACAGUGAUCAAAAAGGAGAAGACUUCUCGAAACAGCGUCUCGCUGUCCUGGCAGGAACCAGAAAGACCCAACGGCAUUAUCCUGGACUACGAGAUCAAAUACUACGAAAAGGACGAGCAGGAGACCAGCUACACCAUCCUGCGCGCGCGCGGCUGUAACGUGACCCUGAGCGGCCUGAAGCCGAACACGGCUUACCUGCUGCAGAUCCGAGCGCGCACGGCUGCCGGAUAUGGAGCCAGCAGCCCCAGCUUCCAGUUCGAGACCAGCCCUGACUCCGCCUUUUCGAUCUCGAGCGAGAACAGCCAGGUGGUUCUGAUUGCCAUUUCCUCCGCCGUGGCCAUCAUCCUGCUCACUGUGCUGCUCUAUGUCCUGGUCGGCAGGUUUUGUUGCCGCAGCAAAUCCAAACAUCCCGAUGAGAAAAGACUGCACUUUGGCAACGGCCACUUGAGUCUGCCGGGCAUCAGGACCUACGUGGACCCUCACACGUACGAGGAUCCAAGCCAGGCCGUGCAUGAGUUUGCCAAAGAGUUGGACGCCUCGUGCAUUGCCAUAGACAAAGUUGUCGGAGCAGGUGAGUUUGGUGAGGUGUGCAGUGGCCGCCUGAAGCUGCCCAAUAAGAAGGAGAUCUGUGUCGCCAUCAAGACGCUUAAAGGAGGAUACACUGACAAGCAGAGGCGGGACUUCCUGGCAGAGGCAUCCAUCAUGGGACAGUUUGACCACCCCAACAUCAUCAGGCUGGAGGGGGUGGUGACACGCAGUAAACCGGUGAUGAUUGUCACGGAAUACAUGGAGAACGGAUCCCUGGACAGCUUCUUAAGAAGACAUGAUGCCCAGUUUACAGGAAUCCAGUUGGUCGGGAUGCUGCGUGGCAUCGCCUCGGGUAUGAAGUAUCUCUCUGACAUGGGAUACGUUCACCGGGACCUGGCGGCUCGAAACAUCCUGGUCAACAGCAACCUGGUGUGUAAAGUAUCAGACUUCGGCUUGUCCCGGGUGCUGGAGGACGACGCGGAGGCUGCUUACACGACCAGGGGAGGUAAGAUCCCCAUUCGGUGGACGGCACCAGAGGCCAUUGCCUACAGGAAGUUUACAUCAGCCAGUGAUGCUUGGAGCUACGGCAUUGUGCUCUGGGAGGUGAUGUCAUAUGGGGAGCGGCCAUACUGGGAGAUGUCCAAUCAGGAUGUAAUAAAAGCUGUAGACGAGGGCUACCGUCUCCCCCCGCCCAUGGACUGUCCAGCAACCCUCUAUCAGCUGAUGUUGGACUGCUGGCAGAAGGAGAGGAAUAACCGGCCCAAGUUUGAACAGAUAGUCAGCAUCCUGGAUAAACUCAUACGCAACCCCGGUAGCCUCAAAAUCACAGCCAACACUACAUCCAGGCCUGCCAAUUUGUUGUUGGACAGGAGCAGUUCAGAGGUUCCUUCCAUGGGGACGAUGGGCGACUGGAUGGAUGGAAUGAGGACUCUGCCCUGCAAGGAGGCCUUCUCUGGGGUCAGCUACAGCUCCUGCGACACCCUGGCCAAAACCUCCACAGAUAGAGUGGUUCUGACGGAGGUCCACGUGACACCUGCCACAUGCCCAGAAUGGGAGCCGUCCAUGGGGAUCACCACUCUCUAAUGUCCAGCUCCUCUACGCCCCCUCAGGCUCUGGAUGGGAUCUGAAAAAGUUUGGAGUGGCUAUUGUCGGACCGCAGAAGAAGAUCGUGAGCAGCCUCAAAGCCCUAGAUUCCCACACCAAGGACGGCCCAGUACCUGUUUAAAACAUGAACCCACCCGUGUGUCUGUGUUAAAAGACUGCGGUUUGCAAAUCAGACUCUUGACACAGUGGCUGCGUAUCCAAACUAGAAAUGGAUGGAUAUGGAGGGAGAAUAUAUGAGUCAGGUGAGGAGGGCUUUGAUUGUUUUGAAGACACUUUUUUUAAGUCCUGCUGGAGGACGCGGAGGAACACAGCAUAGAUCUGACUCUUCAACCCUCCAUCCCUCCAUGCCCAAGUUGAGAUGCCUUACAGACUAAUCCGAGAGAAGGCGGGGCAGAAGAGAGCCAAGGGGGGUGGUCGGUGGAUUAAAACUCGGGGCUUGGACGCGGGGGAAGGACUGGACUAACAAAGAAGCAGGAGCUCUUAUAUCAGCAUCAGCUUCCCUUGACUGCUAAAAGGGUUCAGGCAGCACUGACGGACGGUUUCUUCACACCAGCCUGUGGUGUGAGGCGGUGAAACAGCUACGAUGCCUUGAGUGGUGGUGCAUGGCAGACAACAGCAACUCACAUGAAGGUGGACUGCCCGCCCCCCCCACCCCCACCCCUACACACACCCACACCCCGUCCUGGACUAAUGAAGGCGUGAGAUUUUCUCGAAACUACCUACAUUACUGUCUCUAUCCACGAGAGACCUGAGCUGGUAGGGACACACACACCGAGACAAUAUCCGAGCCAUUUUACUCUGUAGCUCUAAUCUAUAGCAUUUGCAUUGAGUUGACAUUUCACAUACAGUAAAAAAGAAAAAAGAAGCAAUAAUAAUAAUGAUUAUCAGUUAAGUAGUCUGUCACAUUUAUAACGUCGCGAGCGCUGUGCUUUGACGGCACAGGGGGCCGUAACAUAGCCACAUCCAUGUUCUGUGUGCUUAUGAGCAGAUACUGUACACUUUUAUUGCUGUUCCUGCAAUUGAAUGACCUUUGUGAGAAAUCUCAGGAUGCAUACUUUUUGGGUCUAAUUUCAUGAACAAGGAGAAACAGAGAGAAAGAGAGAAAGAGAGAGAGAGAGAGAUGAUAUAUAGAAAACAAUGAGAGUGCAGGUUAAGAGAGAAGGUAGCAAGAAAAAGGUGGAAGUGGCAAAGGAGAAAUUGAUGAGAGGGGGGAAAAAACAACUUAAAUAAGAUGAAGCAGUGCGAUACGGUCCUCUGCUUCCUAUGCUGUUGUGUGGAAGUGUUUCAAAACUAGGAAAGAGUUUGUACUUGAGAUUCCCUCCUCGGGUAAGCAGAUGGACAUCAGCCCCACGAAACAUCAGGUAUAAUCUCCUUAACCAAGACGUUUGAUGUGUUCUCAUUCACCGUCUUUCCCACUGCUUCUCGCCGAGAGUGUAAACAUAAUAUAGUCGAUAUGCUUUUGUCUGAGUCCGUAACUUACUAAAAGAAAAAAGCCACUUGGGAUCUGUCUUCAAAGGGAUUUUUGUUCUAGUUUGAAAUGAAUCAGCUGUUAAUUCAUUCAUCUCGGUCGAGCGAAUGCAAAACAUAGAGUGCUGACGUGUAUCAGUUUAGCGACGAGUCUUGCAUGCUGCGGCUGAAUAUCCCUCGCCUCACCCUUGCCUUCCAAGUGUGUUGGAGAACCUAUGUAGCCUUCAGUUGGACCCGGGCCUUUAAAACCAUGUUGAAUCUGUCCCUUACUACAGUACAUUGUUUCUAGUGACAAGAAAAAUUGCUCUUAAUCCAUAAAUCUCAGUGUGUUGAAGGCAAAAAAAGGAGAGUGCCUCCUGUACUGUAGCUUUGCAUAGGGUUGGUUCAAGAUGGGAUCAUCAAGCAAAAAAAAUUCUUUUUUUUAUCCAAGUCCUGAUUCUUUUUCAGUGUUCUCACUGGGACAUGGUGUGGAAAAGAGAGCUCCAACACUUUCUGAGAUAGUAUCCAAGCACAGGAUGAGAUUUCCUCAAGGCACCUAAGAACAUAGGUCAUUUUCUUUUGCAAUGAAAUACAAACUUAAAGACGUCAGUCUCCUGCUCCGAUGUCACCCAUUCAAUGAGUAUUUCUAAACGGGCACUUUGGUACUUUGUGCCGUCGGAUGGGUAUCAUUCGAUCACAGGGGUGCCAUCGUCUUUAAGCUUGUUCCAAGCACUUACUUUACAAUUUUUAAGCACUUUGAAUGGAAAUAUUUCUGCCUUGGCUGUAAAUUAAGGUUAUCUAAUGAAUGGAGGGGGGUGAUUACGGUGCUUUUAGGAAAUCCAGCCCUGUUCACUGUUACCAGUCGUUCCUCUGUUACUUGGUCUACCUGUGGAUGCUGCUGUUGCUGCUACGUGUCUGAAUUAGCAUGUACAUACCAUAAAACCAUCAUAAUCAUAGCAACUAGCACUACAGAUCCCACUCUAUGUACACGGUCAUCCGUCUUUGUACAAAUGUUUGUAUGUAUAAAAGAAAUAAAUCAAAAAAAAAAACUGUGCAACAUUUUAAUUAAAAAAAAAAGAAAAGAAAAAGAGACACAAAACAUCUGUAUUAUAUUUUAUCUUAUUUUCAAUUAUAGUUGUCAUCUCUGGUUGUUUUUUCUACAAUAAAAAGGUAAUUAUGGUUAUUUUAUUAUUUAUUUGUUAACAUUAUACGGAGCAAUGUUGGUUUCUUCUUUUGUAGCAUAUACGGUAAAUUAUGUGUUAGUGCUACCUGUGUUGGGUUUUUUUUCUUUUUCGACUCACUUUAUAAUCCGGAGACAUCUGAGAGAGCAAUACUGUUAUAAUGCAUACCUGUAUCCAGAUUCCUUCGUUUCUGUCUCGAGACUGACUUGUGUCUUGUGUGAGAGUUUUACGUGUGCAAAUGUAGAUGGCCUUGUCUACUAAUGUAAAAUGAUUUGUAGUGGAAACAUUUAUAUUUUUAUAAUAAAUAUUCACAAAAUAUUUUCCAAAAAAUGGAUGAUGAUGAUGAUGAUGAUA